GGUUUCAAAUCUCAUCAGAAAGGUAUCACCUUCUGCGCGUAGACAAAUUUUUCGAUUUCUUCAGAUGAAAAUGAGAUUAAUUUUGAUCUUGUCUUUAACCUCUAUGCUCUGUAGCUUCUUUGUUACAGCAGCCAGCAAUUAUGAUCUUGAAGUCAAAAUAUUUGCUGCUAAGGCCAGUGAGCGUUAUUAUAAACUUUAUAAUAAAAUUGCCGAAGAAACUUAUUCUUCCUUGAAUGAAGAUGAUUUCGAGAUGAUAUUCACAAAACUUACUACUGUUAAAGUGAUUGCUAAUGAGUUGGUGGAGAUAUCUUUAGAAGCUUCUGAAUUUGAUCUUAAUAAGGUACAAGAUCCAGAAAUGAAGAGAGCUUUACAAAAUCUGCGUAAAGUAGGAGAACUUUUUGUUUUGGGAGAAGAUUACUUCUCAUCAGUUCUUAUAAAUUUGGCGUCUUUGAAAGAGCUAUCCACGGAUAAGGACGUUGAACCCUAUAUGGGUGGCAUAAAUAUGCCCGAUCAUGAUGACAGCCCUAUAGCUUAUUAUCCGGACAUUCAAAGAAUUUUUGAGAGUAGUAACGAUCCCGACGAGUUGAAAUAUUAUUGGGAAACUUGGAGAGAGAAAAAUUUGGUGUGGUCCUCCGUAAAUUUUUAUACCAUUGUCGAAGCAUUUCGGAAAGCUGCUGCAAUUUUGGAGGUUCCAGUUUUACAGUUUUGGUAUCGCUGCUACAAUCACAAGGACUUCUUUUCUGAAAUGGAAAAAGUUAUGGAAGAAAUUAGGCCGGCUUAUCGACAAAUUCAUGCGUUUGUUCGGCAUGAAUUGCACAAAAAAUAUGGUAAUGAUGUAUUGGAUCCCAAAGGUCCUAUACCGGAUCACUUGUUUGAGCAAGUUUUAACUCAAGCUUGGAAAGAAGGCAGUGUUAUCGAGACAUAUUUUCCUUUUAAAGAAUUGCCACCCUAUGAUGAUUUUGUUAAAGAUUUUGAUGCCCGGAAAGCGAUCGAUGAAGUUCAAAGAUUUUAUAAAUCUCUAGGUUUUCCUGACUUUGACGAUCAGUUUCUUAAUGAACAGCUGAAAGAACAUGAUGAUACGGCCAACAGUGGCGACUGUCGAGCCGAUAUUUUUGAUCUUACACCAAGAGUGUUUAUGAAAUAUUGUCGUAAAGUCGAUUUUCGUAAAUUUAUGCAAAAUCAUGGUUAUCUUAGCCGUGUGCAUUAUGCUCAGGAAAAAAAGAAUUUGCCCUCUUAUGUUUUCAGCUCUUAUGACUUAGAAUAUCCCGUAGGUGAAGCAGUGAUAUUAUCCGCUUGUACACCUAAACAUUUGGACGCAAUCGGUUUAGCAAAAGAUUUCGAAUUCACAAAUGCAACUCUGAUGAAUCGUUUAUUUCGUAUGGGUAUUCAUACUAUAUUCAACAUUCCGAUAUUCUUUGUGCACACCAAAGUUAUGAAUGAUCUGCUAAAUGGUACCGUCGAAAUGGACGGUAUUAAUAAGCACUAUUGGUACUUAAUGCAAGAGCAUGCAGGUGUAGAACCGCCUUCUGAUCGAUCUCAGGAAGCUAUCGAUUUUCCAUAUAGAUUCUACUUGGAUUUAGAACAAAACUAUCAAACUAAGAAAUUUGUUUCCGAAGUGCUGGGCUACCAAUUUUAUAGAGCCUUUUGCAAUAAGAGUAGUCAAGCCGAUCACUUGCAUAAUUGCGAUUUCUUCAGUAAUCUCGCAGUUGGCCACGAUCUAAAAGCGAUGAUGUCAUUGGGAUCAAAAGAAAGUUGGCGUGACACUAUUGCGAAAAUAUUACCCGAUAAUCCCGGUUUGCAUGGAGAUGCUCUAUUAGAAUAUUACGCUCCCAUUAUAGACUGGAUUAAUAAUUCCAAUGUAGAGAAUAAAUUAAAGAUUGGUUGGAACAAUACCAAGAAAAAAAUCAUCUAAAUGAGGCAAUUAAAAGAUGUCCUUCCAAUUUUGCAGGCUUGUUAUUGCGCUGUUGCACUGACUAUAAAUCGAUUACAAAAAGUAUUUACUUGAUUUAGAAAUCAUUGUUAGACGUCGUAAGAAGUUACAUACUGAACGCCUUAAUCAAUAAAAA